GAACAAAUUUAAUGCUAGAAAAACAUCCCGGCCAUCAACCAAAAAUGACGGAUUGAAAAUAAUGUCGAGCUAUCUUGGGAAUCCCCCACCAGACAAGGGAACAGACUGCAUUGUUUUUCUCAUUUAUGUGAUAUAUAGAACAGAAAGAGGGGGAAAAAUGGGCGAUUUAUUGGCGAGAUAGGCGCAUUCCUUCCCGUGCACCAAAGAAAUAUUGGAUUGCAAUGUCGGGAUCAAGCCACAUCAUGACAUUGUUUGGAGGCGAGGUGCUCAAACAUCAGGGCGCCCAGAUGACGAAGCGGAGGGAGAGCCCGUGCGCCCUCCAGACGGCCACGUUGCUCAGUCCCCUGGGGACCGUCCCAGUCGACGCGUGCGACAGCGGCGUGCACGCCGUCCGGAUUCUAAUGGAUGUCGCACCUGCUGAAAGGAGCGGCGAGCCCCCUCCGAGCCACCGCCCGGUCAACGACGGCUCGGCGGAAACGAGCCCCGAGUUGCGGCGCUGCCUCGAAUGGCUCCAGGCGUACUUCGCCGAUCCGCGCAGCGCUGGGAGUCUCCCGCCGCCCGCCUUUCACCACCCCGCCCUCGGAGCAGACACGUUCACCGGUCGCGUGCUGAACGUCCUGUUCAGGGACGUGAAAAUCGGCGAGACGGUCUCCUACAAACGCUUAGCUGAGAUGGCAGGAAACCCAAGAGCGGCGCGAGCAGUGGGCGGGGCCAUGAGGAAGAACCCGAUUCCGCUCAUCAUCCCCUGCCACCGCGUCAUUUUGAGCAGCGGCCAGAGCGGCCCGUACAUGAGCGGCGGGGGCGACCACCUCAAACAAUGGCUGCUGGCCCACGAGAGGCGGCGCGAGGAAGGCGCUGACGCACGACGGACGCCAACUGUAUCAAGUAUUUAAGAGGUGGGAGCAGGGGCCGGGGGGGGGGACCCUCCACACACACAAACACACGUAAAAACAAAAGGCGCAAAGUUGAGUGUGUACGUAAAUAUUCAAUUUCAUUUCAUUU